CACACUCACUCGAAUCGUACUCCCUACUCUCUCGCCAAGUUCAAUUUCUUUCUCCGUCUCUGUCAAUGAGUUAUCCGAUUUUCAUCUCCGACGAUGAUGCUUCUCCUCCACCUCCAUUCCCAUCCAACAAGAGGCCUCGAAAGAAUCCUCCCACCCCUACCAUCGAUACCGAAGCUUCUUCUUCUCCUCUGCUCGUCGACGACGAUGUCGUCACUGUCGUCAAAUGUCCCCUUGGUUCCGCAUCUGGCUCCUCUUCGCGGCGCCGUGAAGAAAUUUUAUCCGGAGUGAUAUCUCUUGACUCGGAUUCUGAAGACACUCCUGGAGCAGGAGCUGAGACUUCGAACAAGUAUGGGCCCACCAUACUUGUUGAUUCUUUGGAGCAGCCUUGUCGAUUGGAACCUCUUAUCAGUGAUUCAGAUUCUGAUAAUAGUACUGAUUGGUUGCGGGGACCCAGUUCUCAAUCUUCACUUCCCAAAGUUGCUAUUGAGGUCGAUUCUGACCAAGAGAAUGAAGACGUAAGUGUUGAGAAAAUGAGUCGCCAAAAGCAGGCCUCAUGCUCUAAAAGUCCUUCUCUUUCUGGUAACGCAUUGCCAAGAAAGCGGUUGUCAAAGGAUGAGAGAAUCCGUGCCGCAGAGGAAAAGAAGUUAAGGAAAGAACAAGAGAAAUUACAGAGAGCUGCCUCGAAAGCAGAAGAAGCUGAGAAAAGAAAGUUGGACAAGGAAAUGCAGAAACUUGGAAAGGGAAAGCUGGCGAUUAAAUCUAUAGUCGCUGAGAUUGAUCUUCAAUUGAUUGAAGGAGCCCUUGGAGCACCUCUGAUCACACUGUUCGCUGAGAAAUGCAUUACAUACCGUGUAACCUCUAACCCAAUCAAGAGUUCUAUUGUGUGGACAAUGACGACACCUCCGGAGGAUGUUUCUCAGAAGAUUCCAUAUGUUUUACUUGUGUACGAGGCUGAAGAAUUUUGCAAUCUUGUUGCAAAUGAAAGACUUCUAGAAAACGUCUCGAGAGUUCGGGACCAAUACCCAUCUUAUACAGUGUGCUACCUCACAAAUAAAUUGAUUUCAUACGUUGAAAAAAGGGAAAAGAAAGAUUAUAACGUGGGAAAAUCCAAUGGUUGGAAGCGACCUCCUAUUGAUGAGGUGCUUGCAAAGUUAACAACGCACUAUGAUAGAGUGCAUUCCAGGCAUUGUAUAGAUGGGCCUGAGGUGGCUGCACAUGUUGUUGGUUUAACAAGCAGUCUGGCCUCUUGCCACUUCAGGAAAAAGUCAUCUUGGUUAUCAGUAAAGGCUGAAGGUGUUGUAGCCUCCAUGGAUUCUGUUGACAAGCACUUGAUUAAGAAGAGUCCAUGGUUAAAAGCUUUAAUAGCAAUACCAAAGGUGCAGCCAAGAUACGCGGUAGCAGUGGGGAAGAAAUAUCCAACAAUGAAGUCUCUUCUUAAGGUGUAUAUGGAUCCUAACAAAUCGGAACAAGAGAAAGAGUUGCUUCUAAAGGACUUGAAGUUAGAAGGGUUAACAGGAAAAUACACAAACUUAGGAAUAGUUGGUUCUAAGCGGAUAUAUAGAGUUCUCAUGUCUAGGGAUGGAGAACUUAAGACUGAUGAAGUGGCUUCACAGAUUUAUUCUCCACAUGACUUGGACUAGAACUUAGUCAGACAAAAACAGUAGAGUGAUUGUGUCUUGAGAUUAAAUUUUUGUACAUGUAUGCAAGUUACAUAACUUGUAAAAAAAGUUGAUAAUCUCAUAACUUUCUUCUCUA